UUGGUGGACAGAAACGGAAGUAGUGGGAGAAACCCUGAUGAGACCUGAUGGUUCAUGGGAGCUGUCCACGUGAUAGAACUGUAUUUUGUGAUCAGGGUCCUCAUUUGCAUUGGCAGAUGACAGGAUUUAUGACCUUGAGAUAUCGUUGACUAAAUACGUGGUCUAUAUUUGUGCUUGUAAUGUCGGACUGGGAGGAGGACUGCGAUGCAUUAGGUGCCGAGGUGAAAACGUUUACCGCCAACGUCCGUAAAAAUGAACAUAAGUUUCCAUCAAGUGUAGAGAAUGAAACUUCUAAUUGCAGAGGUAGAACGGAAUGGGGCCAGUCAGAACGAACUAACAGAUAUGAUCAACGGGAGCCGGAGGCACAGUGGAACAACUGGAGGAGCAAAGACGCGUGCGAGCACAAGACAUUUCGAAACAGGGACUUUAAUUCGGGUAGAAGAGGGCGAGGAGGCCACAGUGGAGGGGGCAGGACAAGUUCAAUGCCACCGUUGUCCUUUUCUGUCGAAAAUUCUGCGAUUGGGGCAAUUAUAGGUCGUGGGGGUGCAAAGAUUCGUGAACUUGAGGAAAGUAGUGGAGCGAGAAUAAAGAUCAACAGAGGAGAUUAUGAAGGAGAGGUGCAGAUCUUUGGCAGCCGUGAGGUGCAGGAUAAAGCCAGGGAGAUGAUCGAGGAGCUGGUGUCCCAGAGCUCAGCGAACGGGGCCUGCUUCAGAGGCUGCAGUGCAGGGGGCCCGCGCUCGGCGGAAAGUGCACGCCCCAACUCUUGCUGGCCCACCUCGGCCUUUCAGGACUCCGGCGACUCCACACCCGCCAUCGACUGGGUGUCGCUGCGGGAGAACCGGCACAAGUACGAGGCCAUGAAGUGGCAGGAUCUCCCGCCGAUCCAGAAAGAGUUCUACAUUGAGGCGGAGUGCGUGGCACAUCGUAGUGAGGAGGAGGUGACGACGUGGAGGAAGGAGAAUAAUAACAUUUUUGUGGAUGACUUGAAGGAGGGUGAGAAGCGCCCUAUCCCGAACCCCAUCUGCACCUUUGAGGAGGCAUUUGAGCCGUACCCUGGGAUCAUGGACAACAUCGUUAGAGUGGGCUUCGUCAAGCCCACUCCAAUCCAGUCCCAGGCCUGGCCCAUCGUGCUGAAGGGUUUGGACCUGAUUGGAAUCGCCCAGACGGGCACGGGGAAGACCCUGGCCUACCUCCUGCCAGGCUUCAUCCAUAUGGACCUGCAGCCUGUGCCCAGAGACCGCCGGGCCGGACCGGGUAUGCUGGUUUUGACCCCGACUCGAGAGCUGGCUCUGCAGAUAGAGGCAGAGUGCAGCAAGUACAGCUACAAGGGAUUCAAAAGUAUCUGUAUCUACGGCGGAGGAGACCGCCGAGCCCAGAUUAACAUGACCUCCAGCGGAGUGGACAUAGUCAUUGCCACCCCAGGCCGACUGAACGACCUGCAGAUGAACAACCAUGUUAACCUGCGCUCUGUCACUUACCUGGUCCUGGAUGAAGCUGACCGCAUGCUGGACAUGGGCUUCGAGCCGCAGAUCAUGAAGAUCAUUCUGGACAUCCGACCGGAUAGACAGACGGUCAUGACCAGCGCCACCUGGCCCACCGGGGUGAGGCGCCUGGCCAAGUCCUACCUGAAAGACCCCAUGAUGGUGUACGUGGGCACGCUGGACCUGGCGGCGGUGAACACCGUGGAGCAGACCGUGCUGAUCGUCCAAGAAGAGGAGAAGAAGGCCUACGUGUACGAUUUCAUCCACAACAUGGAGCCUCAGGACAAAGUCUUGAUAUUCGUUGGGAAAAAGAUUGUGGCAGACGACCUGGCCAGUGACCUGUGUCUAAGGGGCAUAGCUGUGCAAAGUCUCCAUGGUGAUAGGGAGCAGUGUGACCGUGAGGAGGCUCUGCAGGACUUUAAAGAUGGCCGAGUCCGGAUCCUGGUGGCCACUGACCUGGCUUCCCGAGGCCUGGACGUGCAUGACAUCACACAUGUCUUCAACUACGACUUCCCGCGCAACAUUGAGGAGUACGUGCACCGUGUGGGACGCACCGGCAGAGCAGGCCGUUCGGGGGCGUCUGUGACUCUGGUGACGAGGGGAGACUGGAAACUGGCUGCUGAGCUGAUCCACAUCCUGGAGAGAGCAGGACAGACCGUUCCAGAGGAGUUGGUGCUGAUGGCCGAGCGCUAUGAGAAACACCAGAGAGAACGAGAGAUGCUCGCGCCCAGGGGCCGAGGAGGAGGAGGAGGAGGAGGAGGAGGAGGGAGAGGCCACGGAUGGCGCGGCAGAGACAGAGGCGAAUCCAGCUGGCGCUUCUGAUUGACUGUGCAGGUCAACUGGGUAUUUCAAACCAGGAAAUAGCAGAAAAACGCCAAUGUGCUCCGUCUUCUCUCUCCAGACAGAAAGAAGAGGCCAGGUGAAAGUUCACUCUGAAGGACUGAUGUUUUUUCGUCUUUGUUUGAAUGACCUGGAUUUGUAUUU